GAAAUUGUGACAAUAGAAGGAAGAGUCAUGGAGGCGAACAGAAACAGUACUGCUUUCUCAUGGCUCCUUCUCCUUCUGCUCUCUCAUCUCUGCCUGUGGAUGAAGGUGCAGUCGACAGAGAUGCCAAGUGUUCAAUUCAAGGCAGUGAACUUAGGCGGGUGGCUCGUCACUGAAGGCUGGAUUACACCUUCUCUCUUUGAUGAUCGCAUAUACAACAACGAUCUGCUGGAUGGUACCCAAGUUCAGUUCAUGUCGACUGCAUCGGGGAAAUAUCUCACUGCUGAGGAUGGUGGUGGUUCCAAGAUCGCCGCCAACAGAAACGACGCCUCCGGUUGGGAGACUUUCAAGUUGUGGAGAGUUGCAGAUGAUCAAUUUCAGUUCCGAGUCUUCAAUAAACAAUUUAUUGGGCUCGAUGGAGGAGGGGGACCAAGCAGCUCCAUCGUAGCAGUGGCAACGGUGCCGGCGGAGUCCGAGACGUUCCAAAUUAUCAGGAACCGUGAUGAUCGAAACCGGGUUCAUAUCAAAGCACUGAGCAAUGGGAUGUUUCUGCAGGCAAGAUCUGAAGGUACGGUGACGGCAGAUUUCAGUGGAGAGCCAGACUGGGGAGACAGUAGCAAUGCAGUAUUUGUGAUGAAGGUCUUUGGAGGGAUUCAAGGAGAGUUUCAAGUAACAAACGGACUUGGACCUGUACAAGCUGCCCAAGUUAUGCAAGAACAUUGGGACACAUUUAUAGUUGAAGAUGAUUUCGACUUCAUCGCAAAAAAUGGCUUGAACUCGGUGAGGAUUCCAGUUGGGUGGUGGACUGCCAUGAACCCUACACCUGCCCCUUUUGUUGCAGGAUCCUUAGACGUAUUGGACAGGGCGUUCUCUUGGGCAGAGAAGUAUGAUCUCAAGGUCAUAUUGGAUCUCCAUGCACCACCUUACUCUCAAAAUGGACAGGACCACAGUGGGUCUAGAGAUGGCACCAUUGAAUUUGGAUCAACUCAAGAAACCAUUGACAAAACUGUUGAGGUCAUAGAGUUUUUCUCGGCAAGAUAUGCAAGUUCACAAAGCCUAGCAGCGGUGGAGCUUAUCAACGAGCCCUCAGCUCCUGCUGUGACCCUUGAUGUCAUUACCCGAUAUUACGAGGCAGGGUACGCUGCAGUCAGGAGACAUUCUCCCACAGCCUACGUUAUCAUGUCCAGAAGACAGGGAGCACCACCAGCUGAGCUCUUGACCCUCGCCAAUGGGCGCUCCAGAACUGUCAUUGAUGUCCACUACUACAGCAUCUACUCUCCCAUCUUCCAAAGCAUGACGGUGCAGCAGCACAUAAAUUACAUCUACCAAAGCAGAGCUUCCCAACUAAGCAAAAUAACCCAAGACAAUGGCCCCCUUUCCUUUGUAGGUGAAUGGGUGGCAGAAUGGAAAGUACCUGGAGCAACAAAAGAAGAAUACCAACAGUUUGCAAAUGCUCAGUUGGAAGUGUAUGGGAAAGCUUCCUUUGGAUGGGCUUACUGGACCCUCAAGACCGAGAAGUAUGAACACUGGAGUCUCAAAUGGAUGAUAGAGAAUGGCUACAUCAAUCUCUAGUUGUAAUACAUUUGUUUUCUUCUACUCCUGCACUAUAUCCAAAAGAACUACUAUCUAAUUCAGUGAAUAAAUAUCCAGUUUAUUGGAUAAAUAUUCAAUA